AUGAGUAGUUCGUUCACUUUAAAAUAUAAAGUAUUGGAAAAAAUUGGUGAAGGAUCAUUUUCAGAAGUAUUAAAAUGUCAGAAUAGAGUUACUGGAGAAUAUUUUGCUGCGAAACGAUUAAAAAAAUGUUAUCGCAAUCGUCAAGAAGUAUAUGAAUGUCCUGAAAUUGUAGCCAUGAGAAAAGUCAGCCGACAUCCAAAUAUUUUAUAUAUUAUUGAAACGCAUUAUGAGCACUUGUUGGGACGUGUUACGUUAAUUUUUGAACUUUUGGAUAUGAGCAUUUAUGAUUAUAUGAAAAUAAGAAAACGUUGUAUUCCUGAAGAUCGUGUUAGAAAUUAUCUUUAUCAAUUAUUAAAGGGUUUACAUCAUCUCCAUAAAAAUGGAUUGUUUCAUCGUGAUAUUAAACCAGAAAAUAUAUUGAUUAAGGUAGAAAUAAUCAAAUUAGGUGAUUUAGGAUCAAUUCGUGGUAUUUAUAGUAAACCACCCUACACUGAAUACAUUUCAACUAGAUGGUACAGAUCACCAGAAUGUUUAUUGACAACUGGCUAUUAUGGACCUAAAAUGGAUAUAUGGGCAGUUGGUUGUGUUUAUUAUGAAAUGUUGACAUUAAAACCAUUAUUUCCUGGUAAUGAUGAAAUCGAUCAAAUUCAUAAAAUUCAUCAGUUAUUAGGUUCACCUCCAUCUAGGAUUUUAAAUAAAUUUCGUCGACAUAAAUCGCGUAAUUGCGAUUUUACUUUUCCAAUUAUUGAUGGUUACGGAUUCAAUAAUUUAUUACCGAUAUUAUCAACAGAUGGACGUGAUAUUUUAAAACAGAUGUUAAUAUAUGAUCCGGAUAAUCGUGCAAAUGUGCGUUUGCUACUGGAACACAGAUACUUUAAAGAACUUCGAGAUAACGAUAUUUUAUGGCAACGUAGAUCUUUAUCCUUGAGUAAAAAUGUUACAUCGGCUAUGUCAAUUGGUGAUUAUGUUGUUGAAAAGAAAAAGGGUUCUUCAGAAAUAAAAAAUUCGAUUGAGAAAAAAUCCAUGUUUUCUACGCAUUCAGUUGUAAUUGAACAUGAAUCCGAUUCAAGAAAAGAAUUACAAUCAAAGAGCGGUUCAAUAAAUUUAAAUCGCAUAAUUAAAAAAUCAAAUAUUUCAAAGCCAAUAAGUGGAAUACGUCCAGCAUUAAAUAUUAGUCGUUCACAUUUACCAUCAAAUAAUAUUACAUCGAAUAAAUAUCGUAAAGUUGAAUCGCCAUUAAAUCGUGCAUGGGAUAUUGCAGCAAAAUUACAAAUUAUGCGCAACACUCAAAAAUCAACUUACACAACUGGGAUUCCGAAAUUAAAACUACAAGAGAAUACUAAAGCACAUUCUAUGGAAAAAGUGCAAAGUCAAGGACGUGAAAAUUAUUUUCAAAUUUUAAAUAAAAUAAGGCAGCCAGUUAUAAAAAAAACUUCGGAUCCAGGUACGUCAAAAGAUUUUGAAAUGAUGAGUUUUAUAGGUAAACAAUUCGUUUCAAAAUCGUUUGUGUUACCGCAUACAGUGCAAGCCAAAGAAAAAUUAACACCAAUUCGUGAACAAGAGAAAUAUCAUCCAACGUUUGACGCUGGAUCACGAAUGAAAGCUGCUGAAAAUAAAAUUGUCAUUGAACGGCCACAAGGUCGAAAAUCUACACGAACACAAAUUGGAGCUAUGAUUAAAUAAAUUAUAAUUCUCACUCAUUUUUCUCCAAUAUUACCAUUCAUUUUCAU